GUUUAACUUUCAGAAAAAUCUUAAAAACACUUUUGAGGAAUUACUUGUGACGUUCGCUGACUGAGCAAACCAAUUCAUGUUAACCAAUCAACAUCAUUCAGCACAGGAGCAUUAAACCCCCCCCCGCUGCUGACCAAGCACCGCAGCAGACAGACAGACUUCAGUGUGUUUCAAAUUUUUAUGAAAGUGAGCAAACGUGAGCAAUGUCUGCAAACAAAGAGGGGAUGCACACCAAUCUCAUUGACGGACCUGACGAUGACUGCAGCAGUCCAGAGGUGCGAUAUUCAGUAUUGCAGAACCCAGAUAAAAGCAGAAAGCAAUUUUGCCAAGAUCCCUUCAAGGUGGCAACCGCAUGUCUGACUGGCUUCUGCCUCAUCUUACUCAUGAUCCUGGUGGUCACAAGUGUUCACAGCGGCAAGGCACGAUCUGAUCAGGAUUCUCUGUCCAGCACUGCUGCAUCGCACAUGCAAAAGGGAUGCGCUAACGUAUCGGCUCUGACUGAAGAGCUGCAGGCCGUGAAGAAAGAAAAGAGUGAACUGGAGAAAGAACGGACGCAGUUGAAAAACAGAAUCGCUGUGCUUGAGGCAACCCCUGCACCACGAACCACUCCAUUGCCAACGAAAAGUCCCUGUCCUGAAGACUGGAAGCACUUUAAUGGCAGCUGUUACUACGUCUCAGAAUACAGAAGGAGCUGGUCGGACAGUCAGACGAACUGCAAGCGGCAAGGAGGACAUCUGGCCAUCAUCCUCACAGCUGAGGAACAGACGUUCAUAUGGAACCUGCUGCCCCGUGGAUAUUGGAACGCUUUCUGGUUUGGCAUAAGUGAUGCAAGAGUAGAAGAUGACUGGUACUGGGUGGACGGAACUAAACUAGUUGGAGGUUUCUGGGAAGAUGGCGAGCCAAACAACCAUAUAAAUGAAGACUGUGGCUACAUGAUAAAAACAGAUGUGUUAAGUCGUGUGGCUAUCAAGAGCUGGUAUGACGCACCCUGCCACAUGUCCUUGCCCUGGAUCUGUGAGAAACCGGUGUCCUCGUGAUCUUCUCUCCCACCACCAACAUCAACAGACAUUCACUGAUUGUUAGUAAUACAAUCUGUAAUGCAAUUUCCAUUGCAUUUAGAAUGUCCUGGGGUUUUCAGUUAGUGUUUUAGUCAUGGGUCAAAAAAGCAAUUAACAGUUUAUUUCAACUGUGUAUUCUAUGCAUUAAUCUACAUUUAGCUGUGCUUUUUAACACUGGAUGAUUUAGUGAAUUCGUUAACUGCUUGAAUUCUAUAGUAAUUUUAUAAUAUGUUGUAUUUGCUUUUUAUUUUGGGGGGGGGGGGGUCAUAUUCCAUAACAAUAAAAAUAGAAGUCAUUUUAUAAAAUGCCCUGUUUUCUUAUAACUUUGGUUGGCAGUUCCACUUGCACUCAGUAGGGCGCAGCAUUCAGUCAAGGUUUUGACCGUAAUCACAUGAUGCGCUAUGAAUGGAUCUGUCCAUACACCUAAUAUUUUCUUUCUCCGUCAUAUUUAAUUUGCAAGUUUUCCUGCAUUAAUAUCGACAACUGUAUCUCUGUCAUGUUAUGAAUGUUUAAAAUAAUCACAAUAAUCCCUAAAAGCUGUGCCUUUUUUUGUUGUUUUUCUAGGCAAUGUGCAUCACUUUAGUUAAGGUUAAAAGGAUGUAAGCAGAUAAACAUCAAAUUUUAUUUUUGGGUGAACUAUCCCUUUAAGAGCAUAUGCAAACAAGAUUAAUUAAUUUAGACCAUUUAAACCACACUAGUUCAGAAAUGUGACCAGCCAAACUCUAAAGUGAACGUUUUUGAAAUGCAAUACAAAGACAAUCUUUUUAUCUUCCUUGUCUAUCUGUUUUGGCAUACAGAACGGGCCCUUGCCCUGUCAAGAUCUGUAGGCUGCUGGAUUUAAGCGCUUGCGUAAGGUACACGCAUGGAUGCAUAUUGGAUCGUGUCCUUUCACGUCCCAGCCGAGUGUUUUUUAUGACAGUGCCAUGACUGAUUGCCACAGUUACUCAUAGUGAGGCCAGCUGCUUAAUCAAAGUACUAUAUUUUACGUACAUCAGCUUAAUCUUAAUCACAGUCCAUAAACAGGUCACGUAGACUGAAGGAAAACAGCACGUAGGCUGCAUCGUGUUCUGAGCUCAAUAAGACCUGUUACGGCAAAACACCAUUAUCAACUCUGAUCAGGCUUGUGGAACAGAAAUGGUGUUGUUAAAGUCACUUUAACGCCAUGAUAGCCAUGACUUUUAAAUUCUGCUAUAAGAUUAAUUAUGCUCAUUGCACCAGAACAAGCAGGGCUAUAACUCUUCACACUAAGAAUACUAGUAGCCUAUUAGAUGGAGAUAAUAAGAUUAAUGCCAAAAAUUGGCAGAACUGUAUUCUGCAGUCAAAGUCUUAAUUUCCUGUGAAUGUGCAGGGCUUCCGGUGCAUUAGCUGCCAAUUAAUGAAUCUACAAGAAUUAUGAAGUAAAUGGUAAAACGGUUUGUGCUACAAAAAGUGUAUUAUUAUGACGGUAAUAAAUUAAAUGAUUUCAAACAUUAGUUUGCAACAGCAGAAACGGAAACAAAUAACUGAAAGGGGCACCGGAAGUUGUGCUCACAUUAACACGAGAGAAUGCUGACUGUAGCACACAGCGUUUCCCCACUUUGUUCCAAAAACAGUUCCUUUUUUGGACUAGUGUUUUUCUGACCCAUCCAUUUCUUAGCUAAUGAGCUUAUUUAGUGGAACAGGGUUCCUACAGAGUUUGGAGUAGUAUGAAAUUUGAUUUAAGUAAUUUUCAGGUUUGUAAAAGUAUGGAAAAGUAAUAGAAAGCGUAUAGGAAAAUAUUUGCACUUCCAGACUUUUGCCCCCAUGUGUUAUUUUCUUUUUUAAUUUAUUUUUAUAAUCGAAAUGUAAGAAUUUAAUGAAAAUAAAUUUGGCAUACAAGAAGUGA